AAAAAAUCGUCUUCAAAUGUAAUCUACUCUUACGAUUAUUGGUCAAUUAAUUUUGGAAACGUAAGCACAAUAGAGGCGCUCUUCAAAUGGACGCUCUGGGAUCUACGCUAACCAACAAGGUAGGAUUGCAAUUGCUGCUUUGUCCACUGGGUUCUAAUGUUGUCAUUCGAACAGCGUGCAGCUGCUCUGUGGGUAUUGCUUUACCAGUAUACUCAACAUUCAAGGCAAUUGAAAGAAAAGAUCAAGAUGAUCAACAAAAGUGGCUUAUAUAUUGGGCAGUUUAUGGAUCUUUCAGCAUCGUGGAAGUAUUUUCAGACAAGCUUCUUUCUUGGUUUCCCAUGUAUUAUCACCUUAAGUUUGCAUUUCUUGUUUGGCUUCAACUUCCAUCAGCUGAAGGAGCAAGACAGCUGUACACGAACCAUUUGCGUCCAUUCUUGUUGAGGCAUCAGGCCAGAGUUGAUAAACUUGUUGGCUUUGGAAAUCAUCAAAUGGUUAGAGUUUUCAGCACGCACCAAGCAGUAUUUCAAUUUGCAAAGACCGUACUCAUGAAGAUUAUGGGCACAGGUGACCUACCAUUUAGGGGCACGAGUCAACAAGAACACAAUGAAAUUGAGGGUCCGCCAAGUCCAAUCUCGGAAACACAGUCGGAUCAUGAGGAAUGACAGUUACCACUAACGUUUUACUCUAGUUGACUAUAGUGCUUGUAUUUGUUUUGAUUGUCUACCUAUUAUUCAACAAGUGGCAUCUCUAGCAGAUCAGCUAAGAUGCUGCAUGCUUGCUGGCAUAGGUUUCAUAUUUUGGUGCAUAGCAAAACUCAUACGUGACAAAUGUUUAGUUGAUAUAUUACCUCUGUAAAGAAUGUUAUUUCCCAGCAAUUGAAAAACCGAAUGGAUUAUUUUUUUGAAA